GCGUCCCCUGCAAUGCAACACUUCGCUGCCACAUAGUACAAACGAACGAGCUCGCGAGCAUACACUAAAGCGAAGCCUCGUUUGCACAGUCCUCGGGCAAGCUAGGAACGACUGAGGCGUCGACGAUGGCCUCCGACGCGCUCACAGAGGCCGGCCAGCCCAAGAAGAAGGGCAACGUGAGGUUCGCCUUCGCCUGCGCCAUCCUCGCCUCCAUGACCUCCAUCCUCCUCGGCUACGACAUCGGUGUGAUGAGCGGGGCUUCUCUGUUCAUCAAGAAGGACCUGCAGAUCUCAGACGUGCAGGUGGAGGUCCUGAUGGGCAUCCUGAACGUGUACUCGCUCAUCGGCUCCUUCGCGGCGGGGCGGACGUCCGACUGGAUCGGGCGGCGGUACACCAUCGUCUUCGCCGCCGUCAUCUUCUUCGCGGGCGCCCUCGUCAUGGGCUUCUCCGUCAACUACCUCAUGCUCAUGUUCGGCCGCUUCGUGGCCGGCAUCGGCGUGGGCUACGCGCUCAUGAUCGCGCCCGUGUACACGGCCGAGGUGUCACCGGCCUCCGCCCGUGGCUUCCUCACCUCCUUCCCCGAGGUGUUCAUCAACUUCGGCAUCCUCCUGGGCUACGUCUCCAACUACGCCUUCUCACGCCUCUCGCUCCGCCUCGGCUGGCGAGUCAUGCUCGGCAUCGGGGCCGCCCCGUCCGUGCUGCUGGCGUUCAUGGUGCUCGGCAUGCCGGAGUCGCCCCGGUGGCUCGUCAUGAAGGGCCGCCUGGCCGACGCCAAGGUCGUCCUGGCCAAGACCUCGGACACCCCCGAGGAGGCCGCGGAGCGCCUGGCGGACAUCAAGGACGCCGCGGGGAUCCCCCAGGACCUGGACGGCGACAUCGUGGAGGUGCCCAAGAAAGGGGGCAGCGAGGAGAAGCGGGUGUGGAAGGAGCUCAUCCUGUCCCCGACCUCGGCCAUGCGGCACAUCCUCAUCUCCGGGAUCGGCAUCCACUUCUUCCAGCAGGCGUCGGGCAUCGACGCCGUGGUGCUCUACAGCCCGCGCGUGUUCAAGAGCGCCGGCAUCACCAACGAGAACAGGCUCCUGGGCACCACCUGCGCCGUCGGGGUCACCAAGACGGUCUUCAUCCUGGUGGCCACCUUCCUCCUGGACCGCGUCGGCAGGAGGCCGCUGCUGCUGAGCAGCACGGGCGGCAUGAUCGUGUCGCUCGUGGGCCUCGCCGCGGGGCUCACCGUGGUCAGCCGGCACCCGGACGAGCAGAUCCCGUGGGCCAUCGCGCUCUGCAUCCUCUGCAUCCUGGCCUACGUGGCCUUCUUCUCCAUCGGGCUCGGGCCCAUCACGUGGGUCUACAGCUCCGAGAUCUUCCCGCUGCACGUGCGCGCGCUGGGCUGCUCGCUCGGCGUCGCGGCCAACCGCCUGACCAGUGGGGUCAUCUCCAUGACAUUCAUCUCGCUCUCCAAGGCCAUCACCAUCGGCGGCGCCUUCUUCCUCUUCGCAGGCAUCGCCUCGCUCGCCUGGGUCUUCUUCUUCACCUACCUCCCGGAGACACGCGGGCGCACGCUGGAGGACAUGAGCGCGCUGUUCGGCAACACGGCCACGCACAAGCAGCAGGGGAGCAACGGCGCCGACGACGGCAAGGAGAAGAAGGUGGAAAUGGGCGCCACGAACUGAUCGAUCGAUUAAACCGCAAGUUGCAUGCCAGAUCGCGAGGGGCGAAGACUUGCGCUAGCUGUAGCCUGUAUCUGUCCGUCCCGUUCCGGCUGGCUAGCUCACACUACGCUAUGCCACAUAGACGACGAAGUAACGUGGGAAGAUUCGCUGAUCCGGCCGGUCGGUGCUGCUGGAGAGCGACGGCAAGCUCCAGCUCGAUCGGGACGUUAAAGCCGGCUUCCUAGCUAAAUGUGUUAAGUACUAUGUGAGUUUAAUUUCGCAGGUUGGUUUGUCCGGAUUAUUAGCUAGAGGUUGUGAAGAAUCGGGCAACGCCAUUACGGGCUGAGGCGUCCGCCGGGUUUGUCGUACUAGCUCUGCGUGGGGUGUUUUUAGUGUUUUAGUUGGUGAGAGAAAAACUAAAGGAUUCUCUUCCUGCCUGCCGAGUGAGUCAAGCAAGCCACGGAAAAUGUGUAAGAGAAAACUAUCAGUAUCUAUUGUGAAGACUUGUUUCACAUAUGCAUUGUAGCGGUUGGUUGCCGCAGCAAAUAUUCAAGUUGAUCGACUCGAUCACGGGACCGGAAUCUUGAAAGGAGCGUAAGCAACCAGCUGGUA